AUGAAUGUAAGAUCUCAUUCUUUUGUUUCCUUUUCGAUAUUAUCGGGUACAUUUGCAGCAUUGGCUUCAGUAUUUGCAAAGCUGUUUACCGAUGCUCGGACAUUUGUGGUUGCGCAAUAUUUGUGUAAUAUAAUUGUGAAUGAGAAUUGUGAAGAUAUUUUAAAUGAGACAAUCCGGGUGAAAUUCUUACGCAUUUGUUGCUUUGGAUCGAUUUUUAUAUGUAACACCUUGAUGUGGACAUUCUUCACUAAAGCGUUAAAUAAGUCGUCAUCAUCUCUUCAGGUCACUGUAUUGAACACCGCGACGAACUUUUGCAUGACUGCGGUUUUAGGAAAUAUUAUCUUUGGAGAAAUCCUUUCUCUUCAAUGGUGGAUUGGAGCAAGCUUGAUCGUGAUCGGAACACUUUUAGUAAAUGAUAGAAAAGAUCAAAUGAAGAACAAGGAUAAACGACAAUAA